AUGAAGGCCCUCAUCGCAACCAUGCCCUUUGCCAACCACAUCCACCCAAUGCAACCCAUCGCCCUCGCCCUCACUCGCAGAGGCCACACCGUAGCCUGGCUCACAUCCGCCUCCCACGCCCACAUGAUAACACAAACCGGCGCAAGCUUCAUCCCCUCCCCGCCCUCUCUCGCCGCGCACGACGAGACCCCCCUCGCCCCGGACCCGGAAACAUCGGGCAUGGCCGCCGUGGUCUCCACCCUUCGGAAGCUGUUCCUUGAUAGAGUGCCCGACCAAGUCGCAGCCUACCGCGCCGUCCUCGACGGCUCCAACGGAAUGCCGGCUUUUCAGGCGGAUAUCCUGCUCCUAGACCUCUGCGCAUACGGUGCGCAUUGUCUCCGGGAUAUCACGGGCUUACCGUACGCGACGCUGGGGAUUAACCCGCUCGUGAGUCUCGACCCGGAGGUCCCGCCAUGGGGCACGGGCUGGCUUCCUCCGGCAACCUUCUUCGGCCGAUGGAUCAACUCGCUCGCGCACGCGGCCGCGAGCUGGCUUCUUUACCCGAAGCUUACUGCUUUACUCAACGCACAUCGGGAAGAGCUGGGGCUUCCCUUCCUGCCUGCGUCCGGGUUCUAUGACUCCACGAGGUCGGAUGCGCUGCACAUCAUGCCCACGACACCCGCCUUUGAAUUCCCGCGUAGGAACCUAUAUCCAGCUGUAAAAUUCGUCGGACCGCUCCUCCCACCAUUCAACGAAGAUGAGCUCCCACCUCUCCCCAAAUGGUGGGAUGAAAUGCUCGCACACCCACGGGAGAAGGUAAUCCACGUAACCCAAGGCACAUACGCAACAAACUCAUCAAACCUCAUCACCCCAACCCUCGCUGCACUCGCACACCGCGCAGACCUCCUCGUCAUCGUCACCACGCCCAACGCAGAAACUGCCCUUCCGGCAUCCUCCCUCCCCUCCAACGCCCGCGUAGCCUCCUUCAUCCCACACGCGAAACUCCUCCCGCACGUAGGCGUCAUGGUCACAAACGCAGGCUACAACGGCGUCCUCGCGGCGCUGAACUGCGGUGUACCGAUGGUCUGCGCGGGUCGGAGCGAGGAUAAGGCCGAUGUGAGUUCUCGGGUUGCGUGGAGCGGCGCCGGGAUCGAUCUCGCGACCGACGCGCCAAGUGAAAAUUCGUUGAGGAGUGCGAUUGAGCGAGUCAUCGCUGAUGAGAAGUUCCGGAGUGCGGCCGAGAGGGUGAGCGUGGAUUUUGGCGGGCGUGAUGGGCCUGGGGAGGCGGUUGAUGCGUUGGAGGAGGUUGUUGAGCGUAGUCGGAGAUGA